CCGGCAGCUGGUGGUCCCGCUCACCACGGUGUCCCAUGCAUAUUUAAUGCUCCUCGAGCGCGUAUCGCGGUCGUGCGUCCGUCUCUCCGGCACCUGCUCAUCACUUGUUACGGUUUCGAGCAUCGGUAUCGGUGUCGCGAGUUCGUUUUGUAUACGCGGGGGGUGCACGGGGGUCGUCGUCGUUAUCGCGGUCGAGUUUCCCUUCGGAGUUCUCGAACAUGGUGUUCAAAGCAUUCGUCACUUCCGGGGGUUAAGUACGCGUAGGAAUCGCGUCGAUACACCUACCAUCGAGAAACUAUGAAAGUGGCUAAAAACGGAGGGUAAUAAUAGGCGGAGAGUGACGUAGCAGAGCUCAGGAACAGGCGAUGAGGCGGCUGGCAUACUCGGCGGCCCUCGGCAAGGGCCCCGGCCGCCCGGUCAGCGCCACUUGAACGAGGCACGAAGAGGACCAAUGAGCAGGGCGCGGGAUGGGCUCGUCCUGGCUCGCGGCCCUGCUGCUCACGGUGACGGUGUCCACGUUCUCCGGAGCUAACCCGACCUCGGCAUCAACCUCCCCAUCCGAUACGGAAGGAUCCUAUCUCGAGAAGGCCAGCAUAGAGGAGGCCCUGGCGGUGAUCGAGGCUGCGUCCACCGGAUCUCUCGGGGAAGCUUGCGCCACCGGUUCCGGUUACAAGUCCCUCCUCGCCGCUCUGGAUCCUCGCCGGUACGACACGGCUCGUCAAAAGGCCGACAUGGCUGCGAUGAUGCUCCAAGACCUGGGUGUCGCUCGCCACAACACUCUCCUGGACGCCGUCGCACGGUCGCUCCUCGCCUCCGUCGACGACGCCGUCGCCACAAGAGUCGUCGCGCUUAACGCAUCGACAGGGGUCGUCGUCGGGUCCACCUGGUGGGAACGGGCCCCCGGGGGUGUGGGCGAACCCCUUCGCGCCCGGGACGAGAACCACGCUCUCCAGUCAGGUUCCCGGCCGGAUCCAAAGCUUCCCUGGUUCGAGGACGCCGACACGAGUCCUGGGCUCAGGUCGCCGAAGUUCAUGCAGUCACCACCGAUUGAAUCCUACAGGGGGUGGUGGACCCUUCCGUACUUCUCAUGCAAGGAACAUCGCUGGCUCAUCUCCUACAGCGUCAGCGUGCCGCCUCCGAAUCGACACGGGAUCCGGGAUUUCCUCAGCAUGGACGUCGACGUGAGUGACCUGGAGGUGAACCAGUGCGACCUGGAGCAGACGACGCGCGAAGAAGCAUCCUCUGAGAACCAAAUCGCGUCUUUUCGGGGGACCCACAAGUGCCAUUCGACAACACAGUGCGAGUAUCAGAGUCCUGCAAGCCGAGUCAACGGAAAGACGGUUGGUGCCGGGUGGAUGAAGGGUGCCUACGUCUGCAGAUGUCGUCCAGGGUUUUAUACAGCCGGGCAUCAUCAGUCUGGGUUUAAUGGGACGCUCGUGGAGGCUGCGUGGAAAGAGAUGAAGGAGAACAAGACCGAUCUGUACGAGCGGGUUUUCCGGUGCUUGGCCUGCGCACCGGGAUGCAGUUCGUGCAAAGGCCCGGAACCUUGUCUGGCCACCUAUAAUUGGCCUUUUAGGAUCGCCCUGCUCACCGUGUCGGUCUCCUGUGCCUUCGGAACCGUCGUUCUGGUCGGUUAUAUGUACCAGCAUCGGAAACUCAAGGUCUUUAAGGUCGCCUCGCCAAUUUUUCUCUCCAUCACGCUGCUCGGCUGCGCCAUAAUGUAUUUAGAGAUGGCUGCAAUUUUUCCCGUCUUGGAUAUCUAUUCUUGUAUCGCGACUAAGUGGAGCAGGCAUCUUGGCUUUUGCAUCACGUACACGGCGCUCCUAAUGAAGACGUGGAGAGUGUCUCUGACCUACCGAGUAAAAAGUGCACACAAGGUAAAGCUCACGGACAAGCAGCUCCUCCAAUGGAUGGUUCCGAUCCUCCUGGUGAUGCUGAUCUAUCUGGGAACCUGGACUCUGAGUGCUCCACCGAUUGCCGAAGUGAUCGCCGACAGCCACGGUCUCCUCUUCAAUCAGUGCUCUUUCAACUGGUGGGACCACAGCAUGGCUAUAGGUGAGGUAAUCUUCUUGGCUUGGGGUAUCAAGGUCUGCUACAACGUCCGGAAUGCCGAGAGUCUCUUCAACGAGGCGCGCCUCAUCAGCUAUGCGAUAUACAACAUCGCGGUAGUCAACACUGCCAUGGUCGCGAUUCACCUGUUCAUAUUUCCGCAAGCGGGACCGGACAUAAAAUACCUCUUGGGAUUCGCGCGUACUCAGCUCUCGACAUCGGUGACGGUGUUCCUGGUCUUUGGCCCGAAGGUACUCCGGGUACUUCGCGGUCAAGGAGACCAGUGGGACAGUAGAGCCAGAGGAAGAGCGGGUGUCAGCGCCAGUUUCUCGUUAAACGGCAUUGGCCUGGUCCCGGAGGAAGCGGCAGACCUCACCCAGGAGAACGAGGAGCUCAAGGAAGAAAUCCAGAAAUUGGCGGCCCAAAUCGAGUUCAUGAAGAUCGUCCACAUGGAGAUGCACAACAGGCACAUCAAGCCCAAGGCUGGGGGAUACUUCAGCACGCCGGGUCACGGUCAUCCCUCAUCGGCGCAGAGUCCGAUCGCCAAAAGUUCGACGGCCAGUUUCAUCCUGAAGGCUCAACAUUUUUGCCAAAGCGCGGUCGAGCGCGGGGCGACAGCGGCGGCCGCUGCGGCUGUCGAGGACUCCACCUUUCCCUCGGGGAGCCUGCACAGGGCUCGUCGUCGGGAGAUGCGGAAGGAACGAGAACGCGAGAGGGAACGGGAGAACGAACGGGAACGCGAGAGGGUCGAGAGAGCGGAGAGAGCCGAGAGGGCCGAGAGGGCUAAGAGGGCCGAGAGGGCCGAGAGAGCCGAGAGGGAGUCUCAGGAUCAGGCGCAGAAGAGCGCGGAACGCGUCUGACUAGUGGUAAAUAGUGAGGAGAUAUGGUUGUGACAAAGACGGUCAAUAAAGUUCCGAAACGCAGUGUUUGGAAAAAUCCUGGAACGCAAGACGAGCUCGAAGCGUCGUGGCUUGAAAAAAUGGCGUCUCCCCCGACUCGACGCCAGGCUUCCGGUCUUCGUCUGAGUCGUCGGCAACCGAAAGUAUGACCGGAAUCACUGUCCUUGUAACUGUGUCGAUUAACGUGCUCUGCAAGCUCUACGGCAUGUCCGAAUAUUGCGAAUAUUGCUCCUCGCGCCUUGAAUCUGCGGGGCUUACACGCCUACAUGUGCAACUACAUAGGUAUGUAUGUAAUACGCGACUUGGAUGCGAACGUUUCCCAAACCCGUAUGUAUGUCCGAAUACUUGCCCUGUACCCAUGAUAAUAUACUAUACGCGCGUUUUGAAAACCGUUUACAAAUUUUUUACACCAUGAUAUACCCGCCGCGGAGACGAUUAGAAUUUGGAGUGUAGAGAAAACGGUCAUGUUACGUGUACCUUCUGUUCACGAUCGUAGCUUCUUACUAUUUGCUUACGUGUACGUUUGAGAAAUAUAUAUUAUAAUGUUAUUCGACCGCAUGAUGUAUACAUGGAUAAAUUGGACGUUGAACGUUCGUAUUGUUUUAGACGCGAAUUAUGAUCGUGGCUAUCGGCAAAGUGUCGAUCCACUUUAUUACAAAGUACUAUCGGUGAAUUUAUCGUAUUGUACCGAAGUAACUAUACAUAGAUAUAUUACAAAGUGUUGAUAAGGGUAUUCAUAUACAUUAUCUAUCAGUGUUGACAAUAUGUACGUACUUACUACGCUAUAAGGGAGCGACGAGACGGGGAGCAGGGCUAGCUGUCGCGAUUCACGAUCCUUUUCGGGGAUUUAUUCAUUCAAUUAGAAUUUCUACCAGACUACUCCAUCGUGCGAUACAAAACGUUCCCUUUUGUACCGGGACUAAUUUUUUUACCAGGAGAAUCCCGGACGUCGCGAAAAUGCGAACCGCCUUUGAUUUCGGUUUAGAUUCGAAAUCGCAAAUUUGCUUCAUACCUGAAAUAUCAAAAUUUACCAUAAUAAAAGAGUCGAAAUAAGAUAAUUUAUACUCUACAGUACUCAUUUUUAUUCAGCAGAAUCAAAAUAAUUACGAAUAAAAUUGAAAAAAACAAACUUAAGCAAAAUCCAAAUAGCACGGAUACAUGCAACGUUCAGCCUUGCUCUCCCAAAUAGAGACAUAUACCCACGUGUAUAAUGUUAUAUAUUUUAUAGAAAUUCUUUUCACUAGUGAAUAUGGUUACGCAUUCGAGCCCGUUCUAAAUUAUCACUCGUCGAACGUUUUCUGCCGUAUUUAAAGGGACACGUGAGUCCUCCACGAACGUUCUUGGCUCGUUACACAAAGCCUCAGGCAUUUUCUAGUUGUAGUUAUUCCGUUAUAGACGCACCUCCGUUUUUCUAUUGCCGAUACUUCAUAGUCGUACAGCUGUAUGUCUCCUAGACUUAGACUAAUAAUAAACGCUUUGGCCGAAUGCGCGACGCCUGGCUAAUAUAGUAUUCAGUAACAAACAUCGCUUCCGGUGUCAUUUAGAAUGGGCUCAUUCCGCGGCUCGUAUUCCAGAUGUUUCUUUUUCACCGAUGCCUGAUCAAUCGGCAAGGUGAGUUUUUCUUUUCGUUGCCUGUUUUUUCAUAUAUAUAUAUAUAUAUAUAUUUUGUUUUUUUUUUUUAUAUGGAGGAACGAAGAUUCCGUAAUUGACGAAGUAAUAAUUCCUUGUAUUUUUUUUCCUUUCUUUUUUGGAAUUCGUUUGGGUAAAUUUUAGAUAUAUAGAUAGAUAAUUACGUGUGAUGCAAAUGCAGAUUAUUUAUACGAACAUAAAUCUAUACUAUAUACAUCCAUAUACACAUAUUAUUAUUAUUAUACAUGGACACAGAAAUAAGUAUAUAUAUAUAUUAUAGGAACAUAAUAAUACAAUAUUGCCGUUUAGGUGUAAAAUGUUUAUUGUACAAUAUCGAUGUUGAACGUGUGUAAUUUUCAUAAACGACUUAACACAUUUA